AAGAAAUGCGCGACAGCAUCGCCGAUGCGCAAACAAGCGUAUCGAGUUUCAGUUUUCAGUCGGUUCGAUAAAUUAUAUACGUGCGUGAGACUUUUAGUUGUACCUAAGUGAAUUUUCGCGACACGCGGACAGGAUUCCGUGUCUUAUUUACAUCGAUUUAACCUCUGCGUCUUUGCCGUGGAUCAGCAAUAAUGGUAACUGUGUAUAGUGCGUGUGUAUCGGAAGGUCUAAUAGGAUAAACACAAACGUUCGACUUCGGCUUGUUUUCUCGACCUUCGUAUUUGAUCGACGACUUUGUAAACUAUCGGAGCAGGGCUCUUAUUUUACGAGAAUAUGGGAUAGACUUUAUAAAUUAUUUGCUCGAGAUCCGCACGCGGAUUUUAAAAGUCGAAUAAAAAUCCAUAAAUUGUUUGCGCUUCGGAAAUCUAAUUUGUGACAAAUGUCGGAUUGUUGGCGCCUUGAUAAUUCGAUUUAAAAAAAAGAUCUUUUAUCAACAUUUUUACAUACAAAUUUGUACACAACUCUGAUUUACGGGUCAAAAGUGGAGCGAUUCCGGCUACAGCUGACGCCCCGUUGAAAUUCAUCUCGUUUAUCUAUUUAAAUGUAACUGAAACGUUCUGGGAGCGCGUAAAUGGGUUUCGGUCCCAGUGGUUGAAAUGUUCUCUGAUACACGGACGCGUUUCCAUUGCAUUCUCGUUAUCAGUUGUCCGCUGCAGGAGAACGGGUCUCUUUAGCGGCGGAAUAUCUGCACCGCGUGCGUGUGCGCGCGUACCGUCUUUUGUCAGCAUCGCAAGAGGGACGUCGUCGCACGUGGCCGCGCGUGGUGAGGCAACCGUCGAUUGUCAUUCGCGUCGCGACUACGUGAAUAGGCGGCGUCUUGUCUCUUCUCGUCUCAUCGCUCGGCGCCUCUUCGCACCGCGCUCGCCUCGCGCUUUCGUUUUUCCGCGUUGCACAAUCCGGCAUUAUCCGCAAACGGAUUCGCCGCGUUGCGAAUCAGCCAAAUCAGCGUCCGCAGUCUUUUAAUCGUGCGGCGUGCCCACGCCUUUCGCGUGUCGUGUUCCGCAUCGUCGGUGCACGUUAUCCACAUAUCGCAGCCGCCGGGAUCGUCUGAACCUGAACGAGGGAGAAGAGCGGCGAGCGUUACGCAAAUCUGGGAAAGCGACUCCGUGAACGAUGGUAUCCUCGACAGUGACGGAAGCGAGCCCGGUGAAAAAAUCGUGCGGCGCAAUGGGCAUUGCGCCGGGGGAUUAUCGCCUGGUCGGCUGGGACAUGGACACCACCGGCAAGAAGGUCAUCGACGAGAUCUGCCAAAUAGCUGGCUACACCCCCAACUCCACUUAUUCGCAGUACGUGAUGCCGUAUAAGGACCUCAAUCCGACCGCCAUCAAGCGCCACAGUAUGAAGGUCGUGACCAAUGGCAAAUUCCGCGUGCUCAGGAACAGCAAGACCAACGAGGUAAUCAAAUCCAAAAGUGAAGUGUCGGCACUUACGGAUUUCCUGACCUGGUUGGAGACCGUGAAGGAAAACGCCGCGGACGGUGUAAUUUUGGUUUAUCACGAGCCUCGCAAAGUCAUUCCCGCGAUGCUGCUCGAGUCGCUGAAGAAGUACGAUCUGGUCGAUCGAUUCAAACAGACGGUCAAGGGAUUCGCUAACGGAUUCAACAUCGCCGAGGCUAAGUGCGCGAACACGGUGCACAUCUAUUCCCUACGUACUCUGUCGCGCACGUUGUUGAAGAAGGAAGCGAAUCUGGGCAAUGCGCAACACAGAGCAUCGCUGGCGUUACAAAUAGCACAAUACCUGUGCUCGAUCGACGGUGACAAGACCGAAGAUGCGAGCGCGAACGGAGAUGAGAAUGAGAAAGAGAAAACCAGCGAUGAAAAACCAAUGAAAAGAGCAGUCGAGGUUAUUCGAGAAUUCGCGCAACCUGUUGACGUCGAGGAGCAGGAACACAACGAGUUGAAGAUGAUAUUCGAACGGCAGAACAACUUGCGGCCCAUAUUCAGCGCCCUGUUCCGUAUGAACAGACGCGAACGUCAACACGCCAGUCCCCUGCGGCGACUGUUAGCUGAAGCCGGGAUCGUGUACUCGGAGCUACAGGACGCGUGGACCAACGCGAAGAAGGACGGACUGGAGCAUCUAAUGAAGGAGAAACUCCCAACGGUUGAGGAGAAAAAGAUGGAGGAUCUGAUGAUUAUUCUCGAGCGUCACUUCGACCCGGAGAAGAAGCCGAAGAGCAAGACGCCGGAGAAGAAGGGUCUCAAGACGAAGAACGAGAAAAAGAUAAGUGACGAUAAAGAGAAUAACAACAAGAGUGACUCCGGCCACGAGAGCCCCGAUAGCCCCGACACAACGACGUCCGGGUCCCCGGUGAAGAUGAACGGCAACAACGAUGUCGAAGUUAAGCCAGAGGCGUGCGCUUUGACGCAGGAGUGUGCCGAACAAGUUUAACGAUGCCCGACACAUUUCGACCUCUCUUUUACGCGCCGCAAAGCCGGGAGUACUUUUCGCGGCUGUCUCCGCGCCGUCAGACUGUCGCCCGUUUUACCAGCCUCGGCCGAACGGGCGAUCGUGGAUUCUUUUUUUUUUUCGUUGUUGCCAUAACGAUCGCGGAUGACGAAAAAUAAAAUUGUAUUAAGUAACGCGAGUGACGAACGUAGAUUUAGCGUGUCGAAUACAGCUCGCGUUUAGCUCGGACUCUGCAGUAAAAGCGUGCUGUAUGCUUGUUAGAAUUGUCGCUAAAUUCACGCUCCUCAACCGGAAAGAGCUGCGAAGGGAUUGCCCCCCGUUUCUCCUUUUUCUUUUUGCGGUAAUUUUCUAGGGUAGACGUAUUAGAAUAAGGUUUACGAUUCGUCCAACGGGCGAUGUUUGUUAUGCGUGAUCAAGAGACGAGUGUUAUUUGUUACAGUAUUGCGAUCUUUCCUUUUCUUUUUUUUUCUUUCAUUUUCUUUAUUAUUAAUUUUUUUUUAAUUUUUGUUCGCACUGGUACGCCGGCAUGAUUAAGAAAAAAAGACAGACAGGUUUCCUGCGAGACACGCCGUCGAAUUUAGCACAAAAUGUACAAAUAACACGUUAAGCGACGUUUAGUUUGUUAACGCGCAGAGAUAUUUAAUAUUUCGUAAUUUUAUACUCGUUUGUUUUCUCUCUCCUCCGCCCCCUUGUUUCUGUCUCUCCUUUUUUUUUCUUUUAUUUAUCCCCGAGGAUUUUCGUACGCUCGCUACCUUGGCGAGAGCGUCCGUUUAAUAGACUGCUCUUAAGUGUGAAAGGCAUAGGAAAUAUCGCGGACCCGCGCAGUUCCCGCACAGUUUCACGACAUGUGUACAGUAGCGUGCACGAUAUUUUCUACUUUUUACCGUUUAAGCCACGCGCGAGCCGCAUUAGUGUGGUAAAUAGUAUUAGAGAGAUAUAUUUUUGUAUCAAAACGAUAUAAAUUUCGUUUCUGCUGUGAGAUCUCAUUGUAUGAACAUUGAUUAAUAAAGAUUCGAGUUUAGUUGUAACGUUUA